AUGCCACAUCGUCGACCUGAAGUCGUGACGGUGAAAACUAGAAGUCUGGCCGCCUCAUAAAACGGUGAGUUGGUUUUCUUGUUUUCAAUGCAGAAAUUGCUUUUCGUACAGGAUUUUCGAUCCGUUUUACUUAAUGAGACACAUUUAAGUGUUUUUAGUGAGGUGUUCUCUCAAGGUUGCCUCUUAUUUUUUUGCUAUCAAGCCUUUUGGGUUCAGUGUUUUGGCGGCAACUGAGAAUGAAAGUGCUGAGUCUUUCGACACAAAUGUAACACUAUAACUGCUUGUUUUUAAGGGGACAAUGUUCUUGCUUUAGGAUAGUAUUUGAAAACUUUAAGAGACAAGAAGUCGAAUAAAAAUUGUUGAAAAACAAAAAAUCUAGGCUUGUAAUAAACUUGAACAUGUCGGAGAAAAUUGAGAUCUUGAACAAGAUGCCAUGGUUCAUUUAUUAACUUUUAUAAUUUUAUUUUGUUCACUUUCAGUUCAGCGAUGGAGCGGUAUCAUAUCGUUUUAAAGCACGAUCUAGAACAACGGAAAGCGAAAAAGUCUGGCAACAAAUAGCUGAUAAACUGAACUCCGAUCAUACCCUCAAGUUUCCCUCGAAGAAAUUCAGUUUUUUUUUAGAGAAACUGGGGUAAUAGGCGGCAGCACAAAUUUUUCUUCCAAUAAAAGAUCGUUAAGGUAUCGAUCAAGCAAGACUUCACGACUUAUGGAAUUAAAACACGAAAGCAUUACUUUAUCCUCUCUCGUCAGGCAAGCACUCAACCCAACCUGCUCAAUCUUAAUUUGUUUUUCCCGCGAAGGUGGCAGCGUCCUCACUCCAGGCAUUCUCCGUUCUCUUUACCGCCACGUCCAGGGUAUCUUAAGGUCCCUAGUGUCAGCAGCUGAAGGCUAAAGAUAUACAAAAAAGAUCAAACAGUUCAGGUGUUCUCUUUUCCCGCAACUGUCCAGUUUAACAGGGUUUCAUAGUUGUUGUGGGUAAAAUCGCAGUGAAUGCAUAAACUGUAAUAGCAUUUGAACCACGAAGAAAACAAAACAUGUCUUCUCUUUGCCAAGUUGAUUGGGUUUGCAUGAAUUGUUUGGUACAGAAAAAAAAAUUUAAAAAAAAACACCAAAACAUCCAAUUUGAAAUAGUGACAUGUGCACUUGCACAAUGUGUUCCAGCAACCCCCCAGGUACUGACUUAAUUUCUUUACAAUAGACCUGAGCAAUGUAUGCAUUAUAUCAAGUCUUAAAUUGCAAUCAUGGUGCAAGGGUAACAAUGUUUUUGCUUUCAUUUCUAGAGUAUACAAUGGCAUAGCACAAGAUGAACUUCUUACCCUGAACUCUUGCGUUUUAAUAGAUGAAUUUGAGGCAGCCUUGAAACACAUGGACGAUUACAAGGCCGCGCUUAACCAUACAUUCCAUUCUGCUCUUCCCCUUCAUGAUUUCGAGAUAGUAGACUGUGACAAAGCCGGGUCAAAACGUUUAGCCACAACAGUCUGUUUCUCCCCAUUCAAAAUUGCUUUGACCAGUUUAUAUUUCUCUUCCAAGGUCAGAACUUGUCUCUUCUUUGUCUCUUGGUUCUUGGACUUCGUCGACUGCGAUGUAGAAGCAGUAUAACUGGAAGCCGCCCCGCUUUCUUGUGCUGCACUCUCAAGGCUUGCCAUAGGAACAUUGGUUACUGCACUCAGUGACAAGAAAGAAAUUCAACAGGGAUGGUAAAAGCACAUGGCUUUUUACAUCACAAAAUGACCUAACACAGUGUACGUGCUGGAAAUAUUUAACUUAAUGCAGUGUACGUGCUGGAAUCUAAUUUAAUUAGUUACAAGUGAUGAAAUCAUACACCUUGUUUCAUUGCAUAAGGUGUGUGUCUCGCAUAGAAGAUCUGUGUGGCCUGCAUUGUACAGUUACUGUUUACGGCUGUAAAACGUGAGCGUUACUGUGAAGUGAUUCAUUUAAUUUUAUAGUUUUAAAAGAUACAUCGAUGGAAGCAACAACUUAUUCCUUUCGAUCUUGUAUUCAAGGCUACCAUGUGUAUAAGGAUAUCUGGGAUUCAGUUGUUGGUGAAGUUCUGGAUUGCGAAGUAAGACUUGUUUAACCAACAAUGUCAAUUGUAGGGAACAGAACGUUGGUGAUAAAAAAAACCCUUAGUUCCCUGAGAAUUUGGCGUUACAGUAUUAAUGAAUGAAUUGAUCUCAUACAUGUGUGUAUUUUUGCGCAGCACAAGCCUGAUAACCCACACGACACACAUGCUGUUGCUGUUAAAUGGGUUCAAGAUCAAGGAGGCAUGCCACAGAUCGUAGGUCAUGUGCCAUUGACACUGUCACGUGUAUUUCACUUGUUUUUAAAACAUGGAGGACAAAUCUCUGUGGAAGUGACUGGUAAACGGAGAAACAAGGGCAUUGGACUUGAAAUUCCGGCUACAUAUUCGUUUUAUCACAAGAAGCCUUCGAAAGUGAAGACGUUAAGAGAACUAAUAAGAGACAAAGAAGAUAAAGCAGAGGUUAAUUGA